GGACGCGCGGGGCGCAGCCCGCAGGGGGGCGGCCCCCCGGGAUCUUCAGCGGCGACAUUUCAGGGAAGCAGAGGCGACUCCGGAUGGCGCGUCCGCGGCCCCGCGAGUACAAGGCUGGGGACCUGGUGUUCGCCAAGAUGAAGGGCUACCCGCAUUGGCCGGCCCGGAUUGAUGAACUCCCAGAGGGAGCUGUGAAGCCUCCAGCAAACAAGUACCCAAUCUUCUUUUUUGGCACCCAUGAAACAGCAUUUCUGGGACCCAAAGAUCUUUUCCCUUAUAAAGAAUAUAAAGAUAAGUUUGGAAAAUCUAACAAAAGAAAAGGAUUUAAUGAAGGCUUGUGGGAAAUAGAAAAUAAUCCCAGAGUCAAGUUUACUGGAUAUCAGGCAAUUCAGCAACAGAGCUCUUCAGAAACUGAGGGUGAAGGAGGCAAUACUGCAGAUGCCAGCAGUGAGGAGGAAGGUGAUAGAGUAGAAGAAGAUGGAAAAGGCAAAAGAAAGAAUGAAAAAGCUGGCUCAAAACGGAAAAAAUCAUACACUUCAAAGAAAUCCUCUAAGCAGUCACGGAAAUCUCCAGCAGAUGAAGAUGACAAGGACUGCAAAGAGGAAGAAAAUAAGAGCGGCUCUGAGGCUGGAGAUGCAGGCAAUGACACAAGAAACACGUCUUCAGACUUGCAGAAAACCAGUGAAGGGGUGAACAACACAGGUUGGAGAAGUUGUGGACAGACAGAAGUUCAUGUAAAAACAACAUCAACAACAACCAGAUUUCUUUAUUCAGAUGAAGUUCAGAUUGGUCCAGAAACAGUCAUGACAACUCUUUAUACUGCUAAGAAAUAUGCAGUUCCAGCUUUAGAAGCACAUUGUGUAGAUUUUCUCACCAAACAUCUUAGGGCAGAUAAUGCCUUUAUGCUUCUCACUCAGGCUCGAUUAUUUGAUGAACCUCAGCUUGCUAGUCUUUGUCUAGACACUAUAGACAAAAGUACAAUGGAUGCAAUCAGUGCAGAAGGUUUUACUGAUAUUGACAUAGACACAUUAUGUGCUGUUCUGGAAAGAGAUACACUCAGUAUUCGAGAAAGUCGACUCUUUGGAGCAGUUGUUCGAUGGGCAGAAGCUGAAUGUCAGAGGCAGCAGCUGCCAGUGACUUUUGCAAAUAAACAGAAGGUGCUGGGAAAAGCACUCUCAUUAAUCCGUUUUCCACUGAUGACUAUCGAGGAGUUUGCUGCAGGUCCUGCUCAAUCUGGAAUUUUAUCAGACAGAGAAGUGGUAAAUCUCUUCCUUCAUUUUACUGUCAAUCCUAAACCCCGAGUUGAAUACAUUGAUCGACCAAGGUGCUGCCUCAGGGGAAAAGAGUGCAGCAUCAAUAGAUUCCAGCAAGUAGAAAGUCGUUGGGGUUACAGUGGAACAAGCGACCGAAUUAGGUUCACAGUUAAUAGAAGAAUCUCCAUAGUAGGAUUUGGGUUAUAUGGUUCUAUUCAUGGGCCCACAGAUUAUCAAGUGAAUAUACAGAUAAUUGAAUAUGAAAAAAAACAAACUCUGGGACAAAAUGAUACUGGAUUUAGUUGUGAUGGAACAGCUAAUACUUUCCGGGUCAUGUUCAAAGAACCUAUAGAAAUAUUACCCAAUGUCUGCUAUACAGCAUGUGCAACACUCAAAGGUCCAGAUUCUCACUAUGGCACAAAAGGAUUGAAGAAAGUAGUACAUGAAACACCUGCUGCAAGCAAAACAACGUUUUCAUUUUUUAGUUCUCCUGGCAAUAAUAAUGGUACAUCAAUAGAAGAUGGACAAAUACCAGAAAUAAUAUUUUAUACAUAAUUCAGCAAAUAAACAGACUAACCUGAAAGGCAUAACUAACUAGCUGCUAAUGUUAGUAGUGUGUUAUGAAUGUUCAUAAUUUUAAUAUAUAAGAAACAUUUUAGUUUCUUAGGAAAGAUAGAAAAAUGUCCAUAUUGGCUUUGCAUGAUUAUCAUCAGACUAUGAAGAACUUAAUGGAAAGUGUUUCAUUUUCAUAUAACUAGAAGAAAAGUCAGGACUUUAAUUGUAAAAAAUACAUAUUUAAGCAGCUUCUUGUGCUUUCACUUGUAUGAUUUCAUAAAUCAGCUUGUUUGGCUGAUAAUCUUUCAGUAGUUUUUAAUUGGAAAGUUCCUUACUUGUUAAGGACAGUAGAUGUUUUGGGGUUUUUUACUGUUUUGCCAAUUGGAUGGGUAAAUUGAUCCAUGUGAGCUUGGUCAGUAUUCUUGCUAAACCUUUUAUUAAUUCAAAUAACUGUUUUCAGGAAACAUGAAAACUGGAUUUGUAUCUUUGGUUUUGGGAUCUUGGGGAACCACGAACAUAUUUGGAAUUGCAUUAAAAAUGCUUCUAAGUGUUGAAAAGUAUUUAUCUGCUUACCUGAGGAAAUCUGGAAUCCAUUUAAAGAAUUGGUUAUUUUGUAGUAGUAUAGUAAUGUAGUUACAUAGUAGAACUUAUAAACUAUAAAUUGGAGUUUUAUAUAAAUAAAUCUACAAUAAUGUAAAAUGUAAAAAAGCAAAAGUUAUCUAAGACUGGACACUGCAUCACUGCGUGUAAUUUUUUGGGGGGUAGGGGUGGAGAGUUUGGAAUGAAUGAUACUUUGUGUUUCAGAGAAUGGGGUAAUUAUAAUGGUACAUUACACAGAAAUCUAUUAAACAUUUUAUUGCUAGUGCUACACAAUCAUGGAUUCAGCUAUUCCAGUAUAUUUGAAACAGAGCAGGUAAAACUCUAUUGAUUUUUAAGUAAAUGAUUUGUUAUAAAAACAUUUUAUUCUUGAGAAGGGAAUUUCAAAGAAUAUACUAUGGAAGAAUCAUUAAGUAGAAUGUUUGAAUAAAAAGUUUUCAUCUGAACUAGAACUUUAGUAUAAAAGUCUUUUUAAAGUAGAGUCAAGGAAGUAUGGUGGUAACCCCUAUUUUUCAAAAUGACUGGGAAAGGGGAAAGAAGAGUUAUAUUGUUGUUUUUUGAUACCAGUGACUGCAGAGCAGUAAAAAUUCUGUUACCUCUAAUAGCAAAAAAAUGAAUUCUGCUUAACUCAAAUUUAAACAGAGUAUACUUUUUUGUUUGAACCUUUGCCUAAAAUACUUCUUAUAUUAUGGUUCUUCUAUUUUGGUAAGUACAGUGUCCCAAAAGUAUUAAAUCUGUUUCUUGAUUAAGCUUUUUUCAAAGUCUCAGGAUUAUUAUGAUGAACAUUAAUUAUAAUUUUAGGUUAGAUGUAUGUAGAAAGAUAUAGGAAGCUGGACUCUGAAUGUAUUAUUCUAAAGUACAGUCCUAGAAGUAGAUUUUUGAAAUAUAUUUAUGCUAUAAAUUUUAGGGGUAGUUCUGGCUUUGAAAUAGAUUUCUGGUUGAAGGGGUCUUUACUAAUAAUGGUUUUUCUAGUUUAUGCAUAUAGUAUGAUAAUAAAAAUACAUUAUUACAAAUGCAUUGAUAUAAUUCCUAAGAGAUAUGACUUCUACCACUGCCAGUUUUUGUAGUUUUGAUUUCAUUUCUAGGGAUCUAUUGCUACUAUUUGGGGAGCUGGCAAAAGUGAGAAACAUUCUGACCAUUGCCUCAUUGGAAAGGCAACUUGCAACUUUGUCACUACACCAUUGCGUUAUUUUAAAUUUAUUGGUAAAAUAUGAUUUAGACAAUGUUUUCAAAAUUAAAAAAAAAAAAACAGGUGAUAUUUCUUGAUCUUGUAGAUAUGCUAAAAUAGAGUUAUGUUCUGGAUAAUCUCAUAUAUAGAAAUCAUUAAUUGGUUGAUAGAUCAUCGUUUUGUGACUUUUUCCACUGCCUUAGAAACGUGUUCCACCCUUUCCUUAAAAACAGAACAAUGAUCACCACCAAAAACUUUCAUCACUUGAUCUUGUAAUCUCCUUUCCUGAAUUUUCUUUCAAGGUUAUCAAAUAUGUUAUUGGAUUUGGUGAUAUUUUUCUGUAGCUUUUUAUACUAUUGAUUGCCCUUCCCCUUCUGGAUACUUCCUUUGGUUUCAGUGACACUUUCUCCUGGAUUACAUGUUCCACUGAUUUUUUUUUUUUCUGGAUCAUUUAUUUCCCAUCCAUUUAGCAUUACUAUUCCCCAACCCCUGGCCUGGGCCAUAUCUCCAACCUAUGUUAGUGACUUAAGCUUUUAGUGAUUGGCUUCUAGUCAAAUUAACAAAGAUUAAUUUCCUGCUGUGUGUCAGCUUUUGCUAACUGCUGAGACUAUGGAGAAGCAAAAAAAAAAAAAAAAAAUGUAAUAAGAGGCCAUCAGUAUAAUUGGGAGAUUAGAGAUGAUAUUAGACAUAAUCAGCAUAAGGAAGAUAUUUUAAGGGAGACUGGGAAAGGCUGCUUGUAGAAUGUUGAAUUUUAGCUGUGACUUGAAUAAAGUUGGGCAUUCCAGGAAGCUGAUAUGAAGGGCAAUUCCAGGUGGGCACAGCUAAUGAAAAUAAACCAAAUCCACCCAGUUGUACUCUGGCUUCUAAACAAAAGUGCUGUUGUGCCCACUGUCUGUGGGUCAGCACCUGGACAUUUCACUGGAUAAUCAGAAUGGAGCUCUGCCUAGCUAUAAUCCAUCUCCUCCCUCUCCAAACUCAGUGUUUCCAGUCACAAGUUCACAGUAUCCUUGACUCAUCCCUCUCUCUUAAGGCCCAAAUAUAGUUGCCAAAUAAUUGUCACUGCUGUUGCAAUCCUUCCCACUCACACUUCACCCUUGUGUAACCUUGGCUGUUAAAAUAAAUAAAUAAUAAGGAAAGAAAA